CCUCAUCCUACCCCGCCGUUCGAGACAUACCCUUAAUACUCCAUGUUCUCUUUGUCAGGAAGUGCACCAUAAUCAGUCUACAAGUUUCUUUCUUCUUUCUAUGCUACUACCUAGUAGCUCCAAAGCCCACGGCGUCGUUUUACAGCUUCCUAGCUAGCUAAUGCGAGCUCCAUACUUCGACCGCUCUCUCUCAUUUCCCCUUCUCUCGUCUCUCUUCAUUCAAUGACAGUAUGGAGCUCUUAAACCCGUGAUCCAUUAAAGCUCUCACGUUUCCGGACUUGUUGCUUCUUCACUUUCUUGGACCGCUGCUUGCAGUGUAAUAUAUACUGUUACAAUGAAUUAAGAUGCCAUACCACUAAGUUGAGAAACCACGAUUUCAGUAGGACGACAUGGAGCAAUAUGAAAUUCUUGAGCAGAUAGGAAAAGGGGCUUUUGGGUCUGCCCUUCUUGUGAGGCAUAAACUUGAGAAGAAAAAGUAUGUUUUGAAGAAAAUCCGUCUUGCUCGGCAAACAGACAGGACCCGUCGCAAUGCACACCAAGAGAUGGCCCUAAUUUCGAAAAUGAAAAAUCCAUUUGUUGUGGAGUACAAGGACUCCUGGGUGGAGAAGGGUUGCUAUGUGUGCAUAAUCAUUGGUUACUGUGAAGGUGGCGAUAUGGCUGAAGCAAUUAAAAAAGCUAAUUGUAUCCAUUUUUCUGAGGAGAAGCUUUGCAGGUGGCUUGUUCAACUUUUAAUGGCUCUUGACUACUUACACAUGAAUCAUAUUCUUCAUCGAGAUGUCAAGUGUUCAAAUAUUUUUCUAACCAAAGAGCAAGACAUUCGCCUUGGUGAUUUUGGACUUGCCAAGAUGCUGAGCUCUGAUGAAUUAGCUUCAUCUAUUGUCGGAACUCCCAGUUAUAUGUGCCCUGAGCUUCUUGCUGACAUACCUUAUGGCUCUAAAUCAGACGUAUGGUCUCUAGGAUGCUGCAUAUAUGAAAUGGCUGCACUUAAACCUGCAUUCAAGGCAUUUGAUAUGCAAGCUCUAAUCAACAAAAUAAACAAGUCUAUAGUGGCACCUUUACCUACAAAAUAUUCUGGCCCAUUUCGUGGUCUUGUGAAGAGCAUGCUGCGGAAAAAUCCACACUUACGGCCCAGUGCUGCAGAGCUUCUUAAGCACCCACACCUCCAACCUCAUGUGAUUAACACUCAUCUUAAACUCAACAGUCCUCGGCGCAACAGUUUACCAAAUUACUGGCCUGAUAAUGAUGUAAAGAAAUCCAGAUUUUCAGGUCCAGAACAUUUUCCUAGUUAUCAAGAUAAGAGAUCGUCAUAUGGCAAUGACAGAACAUUGAAUCCCAGUGUUUCUGAACCUGAUCAUGAUCAUUCAUUUUCUGCUCGAAAAUACUGCAAUACACCUAAUAGAAUGACUGCAUUAUCUACUGGAAGCACUGAAGGAGGAACAAUCACUAAGAAAGUUACUUCAAAGGUUUCAAAUGCAGUCACAAACCCAAAAACCACUUUGUCAAAAAUGUCUACUCCGAAGAGACAAGAAUCAGCACUGAAGCACAAUGAGCUGGUUCCUACUUCAAGAACAUUGGUGAAGAGAUCUGUUUCCACAUCUUGUAGAGCAUCUAUGCCCUUGACCACCAAAGCCGCUGUUCAAGAGGAACCUCGCAGGGCCAGUCAUGGUGUCCUUGAUUGCUACAAAUCUCGUGAUAUUUCUGUUAAUGCCCCCCUAAUAGAUAAGAUGCUUGAGUUCCCUUUAGCCUCGUAUGAAGACCCUUUCCAUCCUAUCCGUAAGACUUCAUCAACCUCCGUGCAAGGUUCAUGUGGGUCGCCUGAAGGGAACUGUUCAAUUAUGAAAGAUAAAUGCACAGUCCAGACUUCUGACAACAAAUCUGAUAAACUGAGCUCCACUGGUGGCUGGCAAGGAUUUACAAACCCUAUGCUGGCAUUGGAUAGAGAGGAUGGAAGUGAUUGUUCCGAUCAAAAUGCAACUGCCGGUGCAUCCAGUCGAACCUCGUCAGACCAAAGGCGUCGCCGUUUUGACAUGUCUUCUUACAAACACAGAGCUGAAGCAUUAGAAGGUCUACUUGAAUUUAGUGCAAGGCUGAUGCAAGAUGAAAGGUUUGAAGAACUCGGUGUUUUACUAAAGCCAUUUGGGCCAGGGAAAGUAUCUCCUCGCGAAACUGCUAUAUGGUUGUCCAAGAGCUUUAAAGAAAACACUUGCAUACCUGAAGAGUAAUUCCUUUGAGCACCCAAAUGUCUGAGUAGUUUCUAUGAGUACUCAAGGUGUGUAAAGUAGUCUCUGCAUUUAAUAACAGUUUUAGGUUUUCAGAUAUUUGUAUUUUGUAUGCGAAAGCGCUUCUAGAACCUGUUGUUGUAGGUUAUGUAGAUUAGAACCCACCCCAUUUAACUUCAUUGUGUCCUGGAAGUGCUGCCUAGCUGAGGAGGAACAAACUUGUGUUGUUUUAGCAUCCUUAGGAGUUUUAAAGAACAUCAUAAAAUUGAUGGUAGAUCUGGCUUUCUGUCUUUCCUUAUUGAACAAAGAAGAGUAUGUAUAUUAUACAUCCGGCUGUACAGGGAGCACCGUUCAGUCGGCCCAGUAACAGGCCCAAGGAAAAAAUAGCAAAACAAUUCGGUGGCACUUUUGUAAUUAAUAU